AGGCGGCCGCUGGUGCGCAGGCGCGACAUCUCACUUCUGGCUUUCUCUCUCCCCUCCCCCCCGUCCCUUCCCCAGCCCGAGGGGUCCUGAGGUGACAGCGCCUGGAAGUGCGACGGGAGGAGCCGGAGGAGGAGGCGAUGGAGCGGGCCAGGCCUGGGCGUCGGCGAUCUUCGGCCGAAAUUGUCACAGAGGGAAAAAGAAAAAAAUCAUCACCAGCUGAUUUACAGGAGAUAACAAAGUUGUUAGCUGUGAAGUCAGAGGAUGUUCUUGCUCAGCCACCAUUGUCCCAGCUCAGAGGCUCAGAGUGCUGGAAGCUCCCGAAGGGGUGGACAAGAAGCCUAAGAAAUAAAGUCAUCUGUCUAGACCACAAAAACAAAAAAGGUGUCCAUGGGUAUCCUGUCACUUCUAAGGCAACACCAGAAAGGCAUCUCAGAGUUAUGUUGACGAAUGUUCUAUGGACGGAUUUAGGACGAAAAUUCAGAAAGACCCUACCUAGAAAUGAUGCUAAUUUAUGUGAUGCCAGCAAGGUGCAAUCAGACUCAUUGCCUUCGACAUCUGUUGACAGCAUAGAGACAUGUCAGAAAUUAGAUCCUCUUCACCAAAGCCUUAAUUUAUCUGAAAGGAUACCCAGAGUUAUAUUGACGGAUAUCCUGCGAACGGAGUUAGGAAGAAAAUACUUAAAGAUCCCAUCUAUAACUGAGGCCAGUUUGAGUGAUACAGCCAACCUGAAGUCAGAGCAACUUUCUUCAUCAUCUGAUGGCAGCUUAGAGUCUUGUCAGAAUGUAAAUCAUCACGAGAGCUUUUUAUCUGAAAGAGGCUCAAAACCAAGUAAGACAGAUAACGUUUCUGCAAAGCAGACUCCAUGUGUGAAGGAAAAGCACAGAGCUGAUAGUGGCAUUUCUGUGACAUCUGAUACUCAGCCCAAAGACUUUAAUAGUGGAAAUAAAGGUUGUGACUAUCUUGAAGAGGGGACCAGAAACAAGAACGCUUCACAUUCUUGUUCAGAAAUGGAACACACUCCAGUUUCGAGGAAGAGAAAGAAAAGAGUUAGAAGUAAUAUACAGGAUUCUCAUAAUUCUAAAUCUUCUUUGGAUAAGUCACCAGAAUAUAUAAAAGAAGAAGAAAAUGACUCAACAGUUCCCAGUAAGCUUGAGCAGCCAAGUGACAACUGUCACGAGGACCCAGCACCCCCCGAAGGAGCCCCACCUGAACCUGCAGAGAGCGAUGCCACCAGCGUGUGCUCACUUGCUGCUCAGGAGUCAGGUGUCACCGCUGCCUCUGGGAGGGCCUGUUCACCCACCCGAAGCUCGGAGAGCUCCGUUUCUCACACCGAGGUGGAGGGCUCUUCCCCGGCUGAGAAGGACGAGGACUUGACCGUGAAAGAAAAGUCUCUUGUAGGUGGAAACAGUGAAGAGAACCAAUUGUUGAUCUCAGCUGAACCAAUUGUUGUUUCCAGUGAUGAAGAAGGACCCAUUGAACACAAGAAUUCGGCAGUUCUGAAGUUACAGCCUAGUCGAGAUUAUGAGAUUGCAAGUGAACACCAGGGUCCUUCUGAAGCACAGUUGUCGGAACUACCCCUGAGUGCAUGCGAAUCUGUACAGACAUCAUCUGAAUUCUGUCCAUACAAUCCUGACAUGGAAAACAUUUCCUGUAUUAUGCCUAACAGUGAAAUGGAUCUGAAACUGGAUUUCGUAUUUACUUCUGUGUAUAUUGGUAAAAUAAAAGGAGCUUCAAAAGGUUGUGUCACGUUCACAACGAAGUAUAUUAAAAUCCCAUUUCAAGUGUCCAUGAAUGAGAUUUCACUGUUAGUGGACACCACACACUUAAAGAGGUUUGGGUUAUGGAAAAGCCAGGAUGAUGAUCACAGUAAGAAGACCCAGGCUAUCCUUUUCCUCUGGGUUUCCUCGAAGUACCUUCAAGAGAUUCAGACCCAGUUAGAAAAUCCCAUAUUAAGCCAGCAAUCAAAAGCCGGUGAAUUCAUUUUCCUUGAGUUAAACAGUUCCAUUUCACAAACAGAAGAAUUGAAAUUGAAAGAUAUUAUGAUGGAAAUAAGUAUGACCAAUGGAGAAUCGGAACUCUCUUACCCAUUGUCUUGGGUUCAGGCGUUUCCUUUGUUCCAGGACUUCUCUCCAAAAGAAAGCUCUUUUAUUCAUUAUUACUGUGCUUCCACUUGUUCUUUCACGGAUACAGCUGCUGCUGAUACAGAAUCGAAGAGGAAGUCGCUGUCUCAGCUCUCCAGUACAGAGACCAUCAAGCCUACGUACACUUUCCUGCAGAAACAAAGCAGUGGUUGCUACUCACUUUCCAUUACUUCAAGUCCAGACGAAGAAUGGCGAGAAGUCAGGCACACCGGACCCGUUCAGAAGACAAUUUCCUUUGUGGGCUUGCUACUUUACAGGUAUCUUCUACUGGAGAAAGCAUCAGAUGAACUUGUUGAACGAAGUCACAUUUUUAGUAGCUUUUUCUAUAAAUGCUUGACAAGAAAGGAAAAUAAUUUAACAGAAGAUAAUCCAGAUCUCUCAAUGGCUCAGAGGAGACAUAGAAGAGUAAGAACAUGGACUCGCCACAUAAACAUUUUUAAUAAAGACUACAUCUUUGUACCUGUAAAUGAGUCGUCUCACUGGUACCUCGCAGUCAUUUGUUUUCCAUGGUUAGAAGAAGCCAUGUAUGAAGAUUUUCCACAAACUGUGUCCCAACAGUCCCAGGAUCAGCAGUCUCAGCAGGACAGCAAAACAACAGACAAUGAUCUACAUACCACUUCAACAGUGUCUUCGAGUGCAGAGGAUUCCCAAAGUACCGAGAUGAAUAUGUCAGUACCAAAGAAAAUGUGUAAAAGGCCGUGUAUUCUCAUACUAGACUCCUUGAAAGCUGCUUCUAUACAAAACACAGUUCAGAAUUUACGAGAGUAUCUAGAGGUAGAGUGGGAAGUUAAGCGAAAAACUCACCGUGAAUUCAGUAAAACCAACAUGGUAGACCUAUGCCCUAAAGUCCCUAAGCAGGAUAAUAGCAGCGACUGCGGAGUCUAUUUAUUGCAGUAUGUGGAAAGCUUCUUUCAGGACCCCAUUGUUAACUUUGAACUCCCAAUCCACUUGGAGAAAUGGUUUCCUCGCCAUGUGAUAAAGACCAAGAGGGAAGACAUUCGCGAGCUCAUCUUGAAACUUCAUUUACAGCAACAGAAAGGCAGCAGUAGCUAGUUAAUCUGCAGGCACAGCGCAUGCUCUCUAAGCUUACUGGAAAGCCGCUUACCAGCAUUUCUGUCAGCUUACCGAGAAGGAAGGAACUUGCCGUAGUCCAUAAAUUGUUGAAAUGUAUAUGGUGUCUUGUUUGAGUCGUUGGGCUCUCACAGCUGAAGGUGUCAUAGAAGCACUUACAGAAAUUAAAAUUUCAUAAAUAUAUUUUUAUGAUGAAAUAUGCUUGGAUUAUGCAAUAGCAUAUGUAAUGUGGGAAUGUUUUCGUAAGUAAUAAAACUAUGUGAUCAGUACUUCCACAUGACUGGGUGUUGAUGGGAGUUAGGUGCUCCCCGGUGCCAGCCCAGCCCUUGUCAAGUUUGUUGACAAGUCAUCAUAUUGUAACUCUCUUCUUUGCAGCUCAAGCAUGCAGUAUGAAUACUGUGUAUUUUUUUAAAAAAGGAACUUAGUAUCAAGGCUUCAGAAAAUGCCAUUCACGGCAUCCCUUCUGUAUAGUGUGAAAAAAGAAUACCGUUAGAUAAAAAUGUACCCUUUCAAAGUGCAGCUUAUUAUUCUCAGUUGCUAAAUGCAAUUACUCUGCUCGGAUCCCCUCCUCCUCCUCCUCCUCCUCCUCCUCCUCCUCUCUCUCUCAGUGUCAUAAACAGAGGUCUGAGACAUGAGCUCAUUUGUUCAGAUAAAGCGUGGAACAAGUUUUAAGUACCAAAUAAGUUCUAAAAAAUGAUGUAGCUAAGCUUUGUUUAUUUGAGGUAUAGCUAUAUAAAUACUCAUUCCUACAUUACCCCAGAUUGUGUGUAUACAGUUUCUAUAAAAGAUAAAAUUGGUGUCCUCCUAAUUUUAACAGACAGAGUACCUUUAAACUUCUAUUUAUUAUUUAGAACCAAAUAUGUAAUUUUAUACCUUGGUUACCCACUAUUCAUCUGCAAAGCCAGAUUUCUCAUUUCUUUUAUAUUUUUAAGUUAUAGUUUUUAAAGAUGUAUGAUUCCCCCAGGGAUCUCACACAUAUAGCACCUAAUAUUUUAUUAAAUAUUCAGGUAACAGUUCUACUGAAUUUAUGUGAUGAUGGUGGUAUUAUCUAUUAAACAGUUUAGAAUCCUAGGCUAUCAGAAAUAUUUUGAGAGAAAUAUGAUCUUACUGUUUUCUCAGAUAAUGGGUUUUAGAAUAUUAUGUUAAACAUCUCUUGGAUUUAGUUAGGACUGUGUGUACAGCAUUUGAAACAAAGGCAAAGUAAGGUAAACUAGGAAGUGACAUGGGAUUGUCAGUCAGCCUUAGUGUCCCCAGUUUCUGUUGACCUUGUCUCUUUGCACAGUUCAAGAUACAUGGAUUUCGGAGAUUUCACAUGGCAGUGGUUAUUAAUUGCAUCUUUCAUUCCCAAUUGGUGUGUGUUGGGGAGAAACUUUUUUUUAAAGUGGCUGUUAAUUGUUUUGUACAUCAAAUUUUGGAAAGCCAGUAUAUGAGAUACCUUGUAAUUACUGAACUUUUUUGUUUGUGUGUUUUUCAAAGAUACCACUGUCCUUCAUCAUGUUUUGGAGACUGUUUAAAAUUUGUUUUCCUAAAUUCAUGUAGAAAUAAUGAUUUGAGGAUGUCAACAUUUUAUAUUAAACAUGUUUUCAAUUCAUUAAA